AUGUCGAAAAAACUCUUCCGUCCCCUUUUCUCAGCAACCAAACCACUCCGNACACCCUCAGGGAUAAACGCAGGCGAAGGCGGUACAAAACCAUCCCAAAUGCUCACGCACACCGACCCACGCGCCGAACACAANAAACUGCUCAAAGGAGCCCGAAAGGAUCCAGAACCAUACGUACUCUACGCCAUCACAGCAGCAAACUUUGCCCUCGCCGGCUGGUUCGGUGGCCGCCAAUUAGCCCGCUACAAGAUUGCCGAUCGGGAUGAGCGCGAGACUACAAAACUUCCUCACACAGAGCCAUGGAAAGAUGGUAGAAAAGGCAGUAGAGGAAAGUAUCGGCAUACUGAUAGUACGAGUGUGUAUGUGAGGAUCAAGGAUGUGCCUUCAGCGUUGAACUCGGUGAUUGUGCCUGGGGUGGUUUUACCCUGGGUAAGUGAUGGAAAAGGGAAUUUGUGGGAGAGGGAACAUCCUGAUGAGGGAUAG